CGGAGCCAGGAGCAGCAAAGCAGGAGUGACGAGCAAGGAGGACGGCCAUGAGUGUGAGUGUUACCAGUAAAAUUGCAAAUUCAUAAACUAAUUUUACUAAAUUUCACAAUUUCUACUCAAAUUUCAAACCAUCUGAAGCUGUUUAUCAAUGUCGCUAUACAAAUGCUUGGAAUAAGGCUUGAUAUAAGGCGACGAAGCCCAUCACUCAUGCAACAUGUCAAACGAUUUUGUGGAAGGAUGGGCGAUCCUUCAGACCUUGGGAGAAGGUGCCUAUGGCGAAGUCCAAUUAAUUAUGAAUAGGAGCACGGAAGAGCUGGUAGCUGUGAAGGUGAUUGAUUUUGAAAAACAUCCGGAGGCAAAAGAAUCUGUUCCCAAGGAAGUGAAGAUUCAUAAGCUGCUUUCGAAUGCCCACAUCAUCCAAUGCUAUGGACAGAGAUUCGAUCGCAACCUGGGAUACAUAUUUCUUGAAUAUGUGCCGGGAGGAGAACUGUUUGACAGAAUAGAACCUGAUAUUGGCAUGCCAGAAGCUGAUGCUCAAAGAUACUUCACCCAACUUUUGUCAGGUGUGGAAUACCUACAUCAGCAUGGGAUCGCGCACAGAGAUCUAAAGCCGGAAAAUCUGCUCCUGGAUAAUAACAAUAACCUGAAAAUAUCGGAUUUCGGUAUGGCGACAAUAUUUAGAAUAUCUGGGAGGGAGAGAUUACUUGACAAGCAAUGUGGAACGUUACCCUAUGUUGCGCCUGAAGUUAUCUUGAGACCUUACAUGGCAGAACCAGCUGACAUUUGGUCGUGUGGAAUCAUACUAGUAGCUAUGCUAUGUGGUGAACUACCAUGGGACAAACCCUCGUUGAAGAGCAAGGAUUUUAUUGCAUGGAAAGAUGGCCACUACGUGAGCAAAACGCCCUGGUCCAAAUUGAACAAUGUUGCCUUGUCUCUGAUCCGAAGAAUCCUGGUGCCUCUACCCUCAUCUCGCUAUACCAUAGCGAAAAUUAAAAAUCAUCGCUGGUAUUGUAAACGACUCCAGAAAUCCGGUGAUUUAGCGAGCGUGGAAGUAGUUCAACGUAGCAAACGGGUACGGACCUGUGGCGGCUUGCUGGACGAUUAUGACAAGGACGUGUUCUGUCUCUCUCAGCCGAACCCAGUGGGGCUGGAAGAUGGCGACCAGGUGGACUCGAUGCACUCCGAUUGGUGUCAGUCGAGCAACUUGUACUCUUUCUCGCAGCCUGUGCAAAUGGACGACCUCCUUGUCUCCACGCAACAGCUGUCCACUCAAACGUCUGGAAGUCAGACAUCUAUGCAGAAACUGGUUCGAAGAAUGACCCGUUUCUUCGUCACAGUUGACACAGAAGAAGCCAUCAAAUGUCUAAUCAAGAAACUCGAUGACCUGGAAUUCUCUUGGAAGAAAAAUGGAUCAGAUAUGGUGACAAUAUCUACCGUCGAUAAACGAAAGUGCAAUUUGGUGUUCAAAGCAACCAUUUUGAAAAUGGAGGGUGAUACACUGGUCGACUUUAGACUUUCUAAAGGCUGCGGUUUAGAAUUCAAACGAUGCUUUUUGUCGAUCAAGAAGAGCUUGAGGAGAUUGAUUCAUUCUAGGGAAUGCCGGAUAGAUGAUGCAAUGAUGUGUUGAAAACGAGGGACAUUCGCUAUAAGAUUUCCAGCUAAAAGUGUGAUAUUUAGACGAAUAAUUUCUUUAAAGAUUUAUUUAUGCAAACAAUUUUGACAUGAUGUUAGUUAGUGGAACGUUUUUGCUAGUAUAUACUAUCAUUGAUAUUGUUCCAAUGAUCUUAAUUUAAGAGUACUUUACUACUGUAUUCACUUUUCCUUUUUGGGCUGCUACAGUUAGAUCCGGUUGCACAGAAGUCUGUUAACUUUCAAUCCCGAUUAAAUGUCAUGUGAACCAAUCAGAGAAGCCUUCUCAGAAAAAUCAUCUUUGAUUGGUUCUCAUGGAAUUUAAAUUUAACAGGUUUUUGUGCAACCGGGCGUUAUUGUGUUGAAUAAAAAUUGUCAAUACCCUUUUGAAAUGGUUCACCACAACAAUUUCCCAGGCCUUAUUGUGUUAGAUUAAAUAAAAAUUGUAAAUACUC